ACUGCCAUGGCCUAUGACCGCUAUAUUGCCAUCUGCAGACCCUUGCACUAUGGGACCCUCAUGGGCAGCAGAGCUUGUGUCAAAAUGGCAGCAGCUGCCUGGGCCAGUGGUUUUCUCUGUGCUGUCCUGCACACUGCUAACACAUUUUCAAUACCACUCUGCCAAGGCAACAUCCUAGAGCAGUUCUUCUGUGAAAUUGCCCAGAUCCUCAAGCUCUCCUGCUCAGACACCAGCCUCAGGGAAGUCAGGCUUAUUGUGGUUAGUGCCUGUUUAGUCUCUGGGUGUUUUGUUUUCACUGUGCUGUCCUAUGUGGAGAUCUUCACUGCUGUGCUGAGGAUCCCAUCUGAGCAGGGCCGACACAAAGCCUUUUCCAUGUGCCUCCCUCACCUGGCUGUGGUCUCCCUCUUUGUCAGCACUAUUACGUUUGCCCAUCUGAAGCCGCCCUCCAUCUCCUCCCCAUCUCUGGAUCUGGUGAUGGCAGUUCUGUACUCUGUUGUGCCUCCAACAGUAAACCCGCUCUUCUACAGCAUGAGGAACAAGGAGCUGCAAGAUGCAGUGAGGAAGCGGAUCAGGUGGGUACAAUGUCGGGAGCAGUAA